AUGUCUUAUAAUCCGGAUGCUACAGGCUCUGAAAUUCGAGAUAAGACAAAGGCGUGCGAAGAACGAUUUAACGCAUGCCUCGCAGCUCCGAAGUUGAGAAAGCACGAAUGGCUCGAGACUGGAUACGCUGAAUUCAACCUCUGGUCUUUUAGCCUCAACGCUUCCCAUUCUGGUCGAUCUUCGUUAGAUUAUAAAAUUCACCAAAGGAUAGACUUGAGAGAGAUAAUAACCGAUCUUCUGGAUGCUCUGGAUGAAUCUCUUGGGGAAUGCUUGGACCUAGAUUGUGACCCGGCGAGCUUGCUCAGUCCUGAAAAAAAUCCAGAGAGCCCUCUACAUUUCAAUGUUUUUAACAUCAAAGCAACCCUGAAACAUCUGACGAGGCUACAAAUUGCGAUCCGCAAAUCAGGAACGCAGCUCCGUCAUCACAAAGCUGACAGUAAUUUAGAAUGUAUUCUAAAAACAAAUGCUAACGGACUUGAGAAAUUUAGAUGUGAUAUGACUCAGAUUGUCUUGUCUGGGCUUGAAAACUGGAAACGGGGGGAAGGGCUGCCCGGGCCUUGGAAAAACGCAAAUAUCCAGCUGCUUGAGCGACUCGUCAACGCGAAUGUCAAAAGAAGGAAUCGAAUUUUUUUUGCAACAGAAAGAAUGAGAAAUGUAAAGGCCCGCCAGCCGGAGAACAAGCAGAACCUGGCUAUGGUUCAUUAUCCUGAUGAACAUGACCAUUACCAUGCAGUUCAGAUGGCAAACACUGCAGAUUUCUUUAAUUCUAUUGCCCUUGGACAAGAAAGCCUGGUCAGAGACUUUAUUAUUCAAGAUUCUGAGAUUCUGAAUAUGCCAAAUGAGCAUGGAGAAACGCCUCUCAUAGUUGCUGUCCGUGCUGAUAAGCCGGCAAUUGUCAGAGAUCUCUUAUGGAAUGGAGCAAAAGUGGAUGCUUUAGGAUGCUACUGUCAAGAGGGCCAAAAUACUCCAGCUUUACGAACGCCCCUUCAAGUUGCAGCUGCAGAGGAUAAACUACACAUGAUUCGCAUACUGCGUGAGAACCGCGCCGACGUCUUUUUUACUGCUCCAGAUGGCGUUAAUGCUCUUCAGUUGGCUACCAGCAACGGUCAUGAAAGCAUAACGGAUCAUAUCCGAAGUGCAUACAUCAGCGCUAUUGCCCUGGUACCAGAGGCUCAGAAGGAGACGGCAAAGCUUAAAAGAGGACUAGAAGAAAUAUUAAGUAUAGGAGAAACUGCAAAGAAGUUUCCGGUUAUCCCUUUGCCGCAGCGAGGAAAUCUAAACGAAAAAUCCCCAGCAUCUACGGCCGCUACUGCCAUAACAAGAGAUGCGAUUAUCGAGCAAGCGCCUUCUAAAGCUACUUGGAGCGCUAUUAUCAAAGAAAUGGGUACCCUCCGCGGAGUAACUUAUCCACUACCCCCUAAAUGGCCAGAAGGCUCUGAGGUUCCGCACAUCGACUGUCCGUAUUGCUCGGAGCCACUGACCCGGCAACAGAUAAAACGGGCGGCAUGGAAUCGUCAUGUUUCUGAGGAUAUUCUCCCGUACAUUUGCUUUCAUGAAGAUUGCAAAACCCCAGAUGACCUGUAUCGGACUUCCGAAGAGCUCACCAAGCAUUUUAUCUCCGAGCAUGGUGUGCCUUGUUGGAUAUGUGAUAUCUGUACGCCUGACAUAGAACAAGAGCAAUGUAAAAUAUUUGAAACUGCUCAGUUAUGGAGAGAUCAUUUGCACUAUGCUCAUUCGCAAGUAAUUUUAGAUACCGAAUUUUCUAUGCUUGCGGAAUUAAACAUGCAAAACAUGGUUCCAGCCGUUGAUUGCCCCCUCUGCGACUAUGCCACUUCAGAGAUCAAGCCAAAUAUCGAUCCGCACAUUACUCGCCACAUCCAACAGUUUUCUCUUAGGUCUUUGCCAUGGGAAGCGCGAACCGAGGGGGAUAUCUCAAAAGAACCCCCAACGGGAAAAAGUUCCUCUGCAAGAACUAGUUACUUUGCAAAAACCAAUAUCUCGUCAACCUCCAGGGAAACGUCUCCGAUGAUGAGGAAGCAUUGAUGCCUAUGGCAAUUUUGCCACAAAAGAAGAGGUAAAUUACUAUCUAACAUAAGGGGCAAAUUAAAGCAUAAGCCAAUAUUUCAGUAAACGGCUAUCCGGCCUGCAGUGAUAGAAUUAUUGGAUAUGGAAAGCUAAGAGUUGAAGGCACCUUAGAAGUAGAGCUUGAGAUUUGGGGGAACUUAUUAUUAUUGGCUUGCUAGAAAUGAACUAUAGCUAAAUCCAUAACUACAUUUACUCCUAGAAAAAACCAG